UAAACAAACAAUAACAUUGACAGCUCCUUCCCUCCUCCGCCUGCUCGUCUACCCAGCGGGAUUUGGAUCCACGUCUCGCCUUCUGCGCUUUCAGACGUGUCCUCAAAUACCCACCAUCCGCUUCUGGUGCAAUCGCCCAGAAAAAGUCGUCACCUUUCUCCUUCUGAUAAGCUUCUGUCGUUCCUCGCCAAAGCCGCUGCGGUUGCGCCGAUUCAGGUCUCCUCCGGAAGGGAUUCAAGUCUUUUCUCGCCUUUUUUGGUGUAAAUUUCGAUUCUUUCGGACCGUCGAAGUUGUGGAGCUUAUUUUACCCUAGGCGGAACUUCUUUUUUGCAGUUCACUCGAAAUCUUCAGCUCCGUGUUGAAAUUUGGGAUUUUUGUUGGGGGUUCAAGGAUUGGAGGCUGAAAGGUUUUGUUAUUUUCAGUUCUCUGAGUUUGUAAGUUGGGAUUUGAGACAAUCGGCGGGAGUCGAGAGGUAAUUUUUCUUUGGCGUAAAUACUUCAAGAUGAGCUGCUUUCCUUGUUUCUUGAAGAAGAAUUUCCCGAACGCCGACUUAUCUCCAGUUGCACGCGCGGUUAAGGUCCAUGAAGUGACGAAAUGGCCUGAGUAUCCCCUGGAGAAAGUUCCUACUCAUGAAACUCAAAAUGAUGCUGGAAAAGAAAAUGUUGCUGCCGAGAGAUUCACAUUCCGUGAACUCGCUUCUGCUACCAAGAAUUUUAAACCAGAAUGUCUUUUGGGAGAAGGAGGGUUUGGUAGGGUUUACAAGGGUUUACUCGAGAAGACUAGAGAAGUUAUAGCUGUUAAGCAGCUAGACAGGAAUGGCUUCCAAGGCAACAAAGAAUUCCUUGUUGAAGUAUUGAUUCUCAGUCUUCUCCAUCAUGAAAAUCUAAUCAAGCUUAUUGGAUACUGUGCUGAUGGUGAUCAAAGGCUUCUGGUCUAUGAGUAUAUGCCUAACGGCUCCUUAGAAGAUCAUUUGCUCGAUAUCUCAGCCGAUCAGAAUCCUCUAAGCUGGUAUGCUAGGAUGAAAAUAGCUCAUGGUGCCGCUCAAGGCCUGGAGUAUUUGCACGAGAAAGCCAAUCCGCCGGUGAUCUAUCGUGAUCUUAAAUCAUCGAAUAUUCUACUUAAUGAAAAUUUUGUUGCAAAGCUCUCUGAUUUUGGGCAUGCAAAGCUGGGUUCCGUAGGGGAUAAAAUCCAUGUUUCUUCAGCAUUGAUGGGCACAUAUGGAUACUGUGCGCCCGAAGAUGUAAGAGCAGGUCAGCUUACUUUGAAGUCAGAUGUCUACAGUUUCGGUGUUGUUAUGCUCGAGCUAAUCACAGGGAGGAGGGCAAUUGACACUGCUAAGCCAACAGAUGAACAGAACCUUGUUGCUUGGGCAAUGCCCUUGUUAAAGGACCAGAAGAGAUUCCCAGAGUUAGUAGAUCCACUCCUACAAGGGGACUAUCCAGCAAAGGGCCUGGGCCAAGCAGCUGCUGUUGCUGCAAUGUGUCUCCAAGAAGAGCCUUCGGUUCGCCCACUAAUGACCGAUGUUGUCGUGGCACUAAGCUUUCUUACAACCGAAUAAACCUGUCGUCAACGAUAACUGUCAUUCCAGGACCAUUAUUUUGUUAAACAUCAUGAGAACGUGUGAGGAUUUAAGAUUCUGGGAAUCUCUCUAAAAGAGCUAUUUGACAGAAGAUAUCAAAUUAACCUGCUCCACACAGUUUGUACCCUGACCUUGGUUUUGUGUGCAUAUCUUGCUCCUCAUAAGUCACAACGUUGGUUAUUUGAUCUUGCUGC